AUGUCAAAAGUAGAUAAUAAAGGAAUUUUAAAGUAUGACCAUACAGGUGAUACAUUCCCAUUUGUAUCGAUCAUUUCAGCAAAAUUAGUACCAGGUUACAAAAUCAUUGUUAGAAAGGGAUUAGAAGAACCAGAAUUAACUAUUGUUACAAAUUCUGAAACAAUUAAAGGAAAUUAUUUAACAUCAAAAUAUCUUGCACGUACAACAUCAACACUUUAUGGACAAGAUGCAUUAUCAGCAACACAUAUUGAUUAUUGGAUUCAAAAGGGAGCACAUAUCUCUAGUGAAAAGGUUGAACAAUUUGUAGGUGAACUCAAUGAUCACUUGACAUUACGUACCUUUGUCGUUGGAUUUAACCUUUCAUUGGCCGAUAUUGUCUUGUUUGCUCGUACUCAAUUGUUCAAGCCACUCAAGGAUGAACUCGCCGCCAAAAGUAAAACCCUCCCACAUAUUCAUCGUUGGUUAAAUUAUCUCCUUUCUUUGGAUGCUUUCAAGGAAACUGUUGCAAUCUUUUCACCAGCUGAAAAGAAACCAGUAGCCAAAGCAACUAAAGAUACCGCCGCCACUACCACCGCUUCCACUACUUCUACCUCUACUGAAGAACCAAAAAAAGGAUUAAUGGGAUGGGCAGGAAAUUUUGAAAAGUUGGCCUUACCAGAUUUAAUUGAAGGAAAGGUUAGAACUCGUUUCCCACCAGAACCAUCUGGUUAUAUGCAUAUUGGACAUUGCAAGGCAGCCGUACUCAACAAUUACUAUGCCACUCAAUACAAGGGUAGUAUUAUUUUACGUUUUGACGAUACCAAUCCAACCAAGGAAAAGGAUGAAUUUGUUGUAAACAUUAUCAAGGAUCUCAAUACUAUUGGUAUCAACUUUGAAAAGACUACAAACACAUCCGACUAUUUUGAAUUAUUAAUGGAUUAUGGUGAAAAGUUAAUUACUACUGGAAAUGGUUAUGUAGACAAUACAAACAAGGAAGAAAUCUCCAAACAACGUGAAGAAGGACGUGAUUCUGUUUGUCGUAGUCACACUGUCGAAAAGAAUUUGGAAUGGUGGGCUGAAAUGAAAAAGGGAUCCGAAUUUGGUCAAACUUGUGUAUUGCGUGCAAAGAUUGAUAUGAAUCAUCCAGAUCGUGCUUUCCGUGAUCCAGCCAUGUACAGAGUAUCCAUGACCCCACAUCACAAGACUGGUGACAAGUACAAGGUCUACCCAUUGUAUGAUUUUGCCUGUCCAAUCGUCGACUCUAUCGAAGGUGUCACUCAUGCUCUUCGUUCCAACGAAUAUCAAAACAAGGUCAAUCUCUACUAUUGGGUAACUGACAUUUUUGGUUUACGUCGUCCUUAUGUAUCCGACUAUUCCCGUCUCUCGUUUACUCAUGUUCUCUUGUCCAAGAGAAAGUUGCAACAAUUUGUUGAUGCCGGUAUUGUCAAUGGAUGGACCGAUCCACGUCUUCCAACCCUCCAAGGUAUCAUGCGUCGUGGUCUCACUAUUGAAGCACUCAAAGAGUUUGUACUCUCACAAGGUGCCUCUUCUGUCAACACUACCAUGGAUAUUGGCAAGUUGUGGGCCAUCAACAAGAUCAUUGUCGAGCCAAACGUCCCACGUUUUACCGCCAUCCCAGCCAAAAAGAAUGUCCUAGUCACCAUUCAAAACAUUGCCGACGACAAGGUUGAAAAGAUUCAAAAGCUCAAAUUUGACAAGAAACCAGAACUCGGUGAAAAGACCCUCACCACCUCCAACAAGGUUCACCUCGAAUACGAUGAUGUUGCCGAUAUUACCGUUGGCGAAGAAGUUACCUUGAUGGGUUGGGGUAUGAAUAUUAUCAUCCGUGAUGUCAAAAAGGCCGCCGAUGGUACCGUCGAAUCGAUCACUGCCGAUGCAAACCCAACUGGUUCCUUCAAGGAUACCAAGAAGCGUUUCACCUAUCUCAGUUCAACCACCAAAAAGAUUCCAGUCAUUCUCCAAGAUUUUGGUCCACUCAUUGAUAAACCAAAGCUCGAAGAAGAUGAUAUCCUCGAAGAACAUAUCAACAAGGUAACCAAAUGGGAAUUGGAAGCAUUUUCCGAUGAAAAUAUCCUCUCCCUAAAGGUUGGUGAUAAACUUCAAUUUGAACGUCGUGGUCUCUACAAUGUUGAUCAAGUAGGAAGUGAAACCACUCCAUUUGUUAUGAUUUACAUUCCAGAUGGUACCACCAAAUUCAAACCUGGUGAAGCUCUUCAUCCAUUCAUCAAACGUGAAGAAAAGAAUGAAACUAUUCGUGUUAAACCUUCUUCAAAACAACAACAAAAGAAAAACUAA